AUGCGUUUGGGCUUUGCGAUUGCGCUCGCCUAUGUAUCGGCCGUACCGACUGAGGCAACGUUCGAACGUCACGUCGCUAGUCGUGUGCGGAACAACCCAAACGUAAGAUACCGACAACACACAGUCGAAAACGCAAUACUGGCCAAGGCGAUUCCAUUGAAACAGUACGAAGCGAAUCUCGCAACCAGGGGUAUGGGUAUCGAUCGUCGUCUCGAACAAGGUCAGAAUGCGAAUCAAGGGGAAGGGCAACAAGCGGACGACUACUACAUGGGCGACGACGAAAUGUACAGUUUCAGUGGAUACUCCAUGAAGUUUGCCAAGUGCCAACCUGUGCAGUACUUUUCCGAAAACGCCAUUCAUGCCGGAGAGCAUUCCCCCAUGAUUACCGAGGAUAUUGUCGUUCUGCGCAUCUGUCCGCAGAAAUCAUGCUCCAGCUCUCGAGAAUAUGGCUGCCACUACAACUACGCCGAGUAUGCUCUACAGCUAACCGACUAUCUGUCCAUUAUGCUCAAAUACAGCGCACAAAAGCGGGACUACAUAUGCGACUUUUGCAACAACUGCCUCGGAAGCAAUGGCAGCGCCAAUCGGCGUAGUUUGAACGAAGGUGAAGGCGACGGAAACGGAGAACAGCAAAAUAAUCAAGAUCAGGAUCAAGCCAACAAUGGACAACAGGGCCAGGGUGACGGUCAAGACAAUAACGAUAAAGAUGAUGAACAACAACAGCAAGAUCAAAACGACCAACAGAAGCAGAACGAAGAGCAAGGCGAAGAGAACGACGACGUUGAUACAGAUGACGCUACCGGCGACGACGAGUACGCCAAUGCUUGUUCCGAUUGGGAUACAUACUGCUCCAACUAUUCCACUCAGUGCGCUGAGAACGAUGGUACCUACCUUGAUUACGAAGGGUACUUGAAUUACAUGGAUUGCUCGCAGGCGGAUUACAAUGACUACGCAUACUUUGUUCGCCCUCGUUGCGACGGAUCGAAAGGCAGUAUCAAAAUGGCCGUGUACUACGACAAUUACUGCGUUCAGUACGCGGGCAACGAAGUCAGUGUCAAAGACCUGGGCCUUGGCUUCCGUGAAGGUGCAUUUGGCGAAUUUUACAGCGGAUCUUGCCUUGAUUGUUCCGACAGUGAGUACCCUCCGUACGACGCCAACAGUCUGAUGUGCAACAAUUUGCACGGUCAAUCCGCAAAAUGUUCCGCAGACCUCAUGCACGACCUGUUCGAAAGCGAAGAAGACGACACGAGCGAAUGCUCGUACAUUGAAAGCUUGCGUUUUGGCACGUACGAUAAGUACGGUCAAUUGAAUUCCGCCUUUGGCGUGGGAACUGACGACGCCCAAGUUACCACCGUACAAGCAGCCGUUUUGGCCCUAUCCAUUGCCCUCUGUGUCAUUUUCGCCGUGUAUUCCUGUUACUUGCACCAUACCAUGACCAACUUGCUGAUCAAAAGUCUAUCGCAUCGGGAAUUGUUACCACCCUCCCGGCACCAGUCCCGCCGCCCACGGCGUCACCACAAAAAUGGCAAGCGCAUUGCCAAUGCGGACGAUUGGGACCACGACAACGCUCGUGUGUAA